GGAUUAUUGGUAGGGUGAGAUUUUCAGGUGUAGAUCAGGUGAAAACAGGAGUCCAGCAGCGUCAUUGAUCGACGAAUACCACCACAGAAAACUCAAUCUUUCAAAGAGAAGAAGAAAACGAAGAACUGGUUCCAGAGGCAGUUUUCUGGCGAAAUGAGUGAAGAUUAUGAUUCUAUCGUUGAAAUAGAGCAUGCAACAGCGGUGGCAGCUGCCGCAUUUGCAGUUAAAUCAAUUGAAGAAUCUGCAAUCUCUGAUAUGAAAAGGGCAGACAAUGAAACUGGUGACAAAUUGGUAAAAAUCAAGAGCAAAAAGGAAGAUACAACAGUUUCAAAGCCAGAAGCAGGAAGAAUUUCCAAACUAUUCUCAGGUGCAGGUUUAACAAAAAGUACACAAGAAGACCAAGAUAGUAGGGUGCCAGUAAGUACUUCGACAUAUGACAAGAUCCCGCAAAAGACCAUCCUUCCUGCUCCCUCUAUUAGACAAACUCCUACGUCUGAUGCCAUCCUUCCUGCCCCGUCAAUGAAGAAAACUUCAACAUUUCCUGAUAAGCCAAUUAACGGCGGCGGUAUAAAAGCCGGAACUUCAGCACCAAAACUAGAUUUGCCCACCACCACGAAACCUGCUGCACCUUCAAAUGAAAUCAAAUGGCAGAGUGCAGCAAGAUCUGGAGUGGUAAAGACAAAAGCAGAUGAAUGGGAGGAGGCUGAGAUGGCUAAACUCAACAAAAGGUAUGAGCAGCAAACCUCUACGAUACUUGACUGGGAAAACAAGAAGAAGAGGAAAAGCAAACUUCGACUGGAAAAAAGAGAGAGAGAAAUAGAGAAAAGAAGAUUGAAAGCGCUUGGAAAGUACAACAAUGAGAUGGAAUUUAUUACAAACAUUGCAGAAGGAGCAAGGGCACAGGCAGAGGAGAAGCAUAGGAAUAAAGUACUCAAGGUGAAAGAGAAGACAAAUACACUUAGAAGAACAGGGGAAGAAGCUCCUUCAACAGGUUGCUGCUGCUGCUAAGGGGAAGUACGAUGAAUCAUAAAUACUUGAAGACUGAAGAAUGUAAAUAUCUCUUUUAAGAAACAUGUAUCCACCCAAAGAAAACGAUGGAAGAAAUUCCAAAGUGUGAUUGUUCAUACCAUUUCAUAAGAAUCAAAUAAAAAAAUAAGUAGAUGGACUACA